GUCGCAUUAUUAAUUCUUAAAAAUGAUUCAUUACAGGCUUACAGCUAGUUUAUCUACUAUCACUAAUUUAACCUUAUAACAUUGCAAAUUUAUGAAAAAGGAAUGACCUCAUCCAUCGGAAUGGACGUUAAAGUACAGGAAUACGUCACACUAAAGGUUCCUUAUGAAAUUCUUAACAAGCGUUUCCGCUCUGCUCAGAAGACGAUAGAUAGAGAAUUCCAUGGCGUAGCGGGGGCUCUUACAGAUUUAGAAAGAUGCAUUGAAACAGGGAAUGCGACUGCUGGCAAUGUCGUUUCGUUACUUGACGGCGUAGUUGAGAAGAUUAACAGCAUGAAAAGAAAGGCUGCUGAUGCAAUUGAACUUGAGGAAGCAAGCGCUAAAUUAUGUAAAAGAAGAGUCGAACAUCUAAAAGAACAUGCCAGUUCUUCUCCCCAUGUAGUUGCCCAAUGGAAGAAGACAAGAUUUGAUCGAAUGGUUGUUGACCAUCUACUACGAUCCGGAUUUUACAACAGUGCUUUAAAGCUUGCGAGGGAUUCUAACAUUGAGGACCUCGUCAACAUUGAUGUAUUUGUAACAGCAUGGGAAGUUGAAAAAGCAUUAGAAAAAUACGAUAGUUCACGUUGUUUAGCCUGGUGCCACGACAACCGAUCCAGGCUUCGAAAAUUGAAAAGUAAUCUUGAAUUUAGCCUUCGGAUUCAAGAAUUUGUUGAACUGGUUCGAAUGAACGAAAGAGUGGAAGCUAUUAAGCAUGCAAGAAAGUUUUUUGGAGCUGCUGAAGGUUCUCAAUUAGAAGAAGUAAAACAGGUAAUGGGCCUUCUUGCAUUCCCUGUCGACACUCACGUAUCCCCGUACAAAGAUCUACUCUCACACACUCGAUGGCAGCAGCUGAAAGAACAAUUUCGAUACGAGAAUUAUCGACUUCAUCAACUAAGCGAUGUAUCAGUAUUUAAAGUAACUCUGCAAUCUGGAUUAUCUGGACUUAAAACACAUCAAUGUUAUAGAGAAGAAACAAAAAAUCCAGAUUGUCCGGUUUGCAAUCCAACGUUUAAUAAACUUGCAGAAUCACUUCCAUAUGCUCACUGUGCUCAGUCAAGAUUAAUUUGCGGAAUAACAGGUCAAGUAAUGAAUGAGAACAAUCCACCCAUGAUGCUUUCAAAUGGUCAUAUAUACGGAGAUACGGGUCUCUCACUUUUGGCAAAGGAUGGAAAAGUUCGUUGUCCUCGUACAAAAGAAGAACAUUCGCAUAUAUCUGCUGAAAAAGUGUUUGUCAUGUGAUUACUAGAAUCCUAAGUUGGUUAAGAGGACUUUACACGAAUAAUAUACAUGGGUAACACUGCGAAAUAUACAAGGGGAACACUGAGAUACGGUGCUAAAGAUGGGACAUGUGGAAAAUCAUAUUAAAACUGAAAAUUAUUUUUAUUCAUAAAAUCGUGCUUUCAAGUAGCCUAUCUUUCCUGUUAUUUUUAAUGUUUUAACUCAUAUGCCAGUGGUUCUCGAACUUUUGGUGUUAUGGAAACUGUAAAGAGAUUGACUUGACCCUCUAGUCCGGUUACUGGUUCAUGUCGGGUAUGUGAAUAGCCAGGUAUUUGUUUUGUUCGAAUGUACAUGAAGGUGGAGGAAGCUGUUCAUGAACGAGUCUACGGCGGCAAGGAGUCCCGCAAUCCUCUCGCACAUAAUCAUCCCCGAGCGAUUUGAAUCUGCAAACCCAUGCAUGGUAACCAGAGGUGUAGUGGCGGGCGUUGCUUGAUGCGCCACACCAUCGAAGUUGUUUCAAAUUAAUCAAUCCCAAGUUUAGCAAGUGUUCUGCUCUGGCAAUUACUCUUUUAUCUAAAUUAGAUUGGUGGUUAUAAAAUGUCUUCUCGAUAUUUUUUCGGGCAUUAUGACGAUAAGUGUUUGUUUCUCUCUAUAUUGAGUUUUUGUGCCUCCCUUAUUUCUCAUUUUGGAAACGGGUAUUAUAAUAAAUAAAUCAAAUUAAUUUUGUAUAAAAUAUUCAAUCAAUCUUAACUAUGAUAUUUUUUCUGAUAUAGUAACAAAAGUAAUUGUCUUGUAUUCUGACACUCAUUAAUUGCUCAUCUUGGAAUCCAUUUUCACUAGAGGUCAGCAUGGUGCCAAUUAACUGCUUUGCCACUGUUUUCUGUGAAUCUUUAUGUAUUCUAGCGAUGAUGAAAUAGGCCAGGUGUUUCAAUUCUUGUUUCAAUAUAUUAAACAGCUGUUCUCAACCUCCCUUGUGGCCCAUUCGCGAUGAUACAAGAAUCUUAGUCCCACAAAACCUUUUUGAGUUUAUAAAAAUGUUUCUGUGUCGAUGACCAAAUUAACCCAUGUGUCUAUUUAUCAGCUUGUUAAGUUGAACUUCCAAACCUUGGUUCAAUUCCAGCUAUACAUUUUUAUCGGGACUUACUGUAGGCCCAAUGAAAACUCCACGCCCAUUUCAAAAAUUUUUGAGAAACACUGAUUUAAAACAAUAUUGUGAAAUUACUCCUGGAACUAAAAUUUUCAGACUGUAGAGUACUGUCUGUAGACUGGAUUCACUCAAAAGCUUUAUUGUUGAAAAUGGUUCACCCUGGACUGAACGAAGGUCUUUUUCAACUUAUAGUGUGAGGUAUCAGGCUGCAGCAGGGGUGGGCGAACUAUGCGAGCGGCAUGGCAGAGCCAGAGAGUCCUUUCUCUUGGAGAAAGUUGUGAAAAUUUCUUACAACUACAAAAGAAGUUUAGAUUUAUUUUUAAAAUUGACGAGGUCAUCUGAUAUCAUUUUUUGAAAAAUCUUUUAAUUUAGAAUGUUAUUAUAUUAUUUAGGAUAUUACAUUUCAACUAAAUGUAACUAUAUUGUAUGAUCUUUUAAAAACGUAAUUACUUUCCUCAAUUGGCAUUCGCAAAAACAACUUUAUCCACUCCGGUGAUGUGGACAUUUCACUAAGCUGUGCUGUUAUCUUUCAGUGGCUUCAGGUUAUGUCAGCCUUAGAGUUCAUAAAUUAUGCUCAUAACAGUUAUUGGUUUGUGAUAUUUUGAUGUUUUUAAGCAGUCCUUGUAACUCUUGCUUCCAUGUAUGCCUUUUCAAAACUUUAUCCCAAAGAUGUGCUUUUGAUUAUUUCUUGUGCUCCUGUAAGAACUUCAAAAUAUUAUUUAAAAUAUAACAACGUAAAAAUUGUAAA